AUGAUUAUCCUGUUUUUGGUGCUGAGUUCCACUCUCAGGGUCGACACACAAUGUUUAACGAAUCAAGGUUGUGGAGGUGGUGGAGGCUUUCAGCCCUCUUACGGUCACCACUAUUCUCGGCAAAUAGCUCAACCACUUCCUCAACUCAUUGCUCAACCAUUACCUCAACCGCAACCUAUUGAAUACUACUAUAGAUCGAACUCGUACGCUCAGCCUCCAUCGGAUACUCUGACUAGUGUCGAUAAAGAGCCGGCAAGUGCUUCUUCUUCAGCAAAAACGCAAGAGGAGUAUGAGGAGUACGAUAAAAAGCUUCCUGAAUUGAAACAAAUCGCUGUAGAGGAAUCAACGUCAACGUCUGAGACUGUCGCUGUUACACCUUCGAAGACAUAUGUACGAGAGGAAAUCUAUCAAACUCACCCUCAACCUUAUCAACCACGACCGUAUCAGCUACAAACCUUUCAACCACAACCUCUCCAACCAAUGCCGUAUCAGCCCUACCAACCACGCCCUAUAGCAUACAGACCAAUCCAAGUAGUUCCAGCAGGAUGUGAAGGAGUGCAGCCGCACUAUUACCGUCCUGCUCCCUAUAUGCCAAGAGGAUAUGCUUUGCCGUACGCGCCAUCUCCUACCUAUCCACCUCUACCUCCUCCACCGCCACCGCCACCUCCACCGCCCCAGCCAUAUCCUGGAUCAUACAUUCAACCACCUCACCCGAUGCCGAUCAAUGACUGCUGUGGCCGGUGCUCAUCCAUCUGCGGGCCCCGAGCAAAACGGGUUUUCGCAAAGUCUGCAAAAACGGUGACAGCUGAUCUUUCCCUACCAUCAAAAGCGCAAAAUGAAACUGACCUGAAUGACAGUCGCUGCACGAGUAAGGAGCUGCGAGACAUUAUGGGCAAGGUCUCCUACAACACACCGUCAAUAGCGAAGCGGCUUAUACAGAGGAUAGCCGAGGAAAAACUAAAAGGGAUGUUUGCGGUAUUCUGCUCCAAGGAGGAUUUCACCUACGUCACUCGAAGCAAAGUGUACUGUCAAACAGAGCGCGACGGUGUUGUCUGCUAUGCGUUCCAGCAUAACUGA